CCGUCAGCUGAUUAUUGUCAAAUAUUUUUAAAAUCUAUUUUGCCGCUAUCUACCUUAGAUUAAAUUGUUCUAUUAAAAACUGUUUUUCUACAAUUUUCAAUGAAAUGUGACACAUAAUAUUAUCAUUGACUGACAAAAAAUGCCCGAUACUGAUAUUGUUGCAACUGAACGGUGCGGUUCUACCGGGGAAAUUGUGUCAUAUGUAAGAAGGCGAAACAAUGUCAUCCAAGUAAAGCCCCCUAAAAGGUUCCUGCAUAACUUUAAAGGGAUCACCCAGUUUUUCAAAGAAAUAAUUCUACCCUAUGGCUAUCCGGAGUCUGUAAGUGAUGACUACUUGGAGUAUCAAAUAUGGGAUACUUUUCAAGCGUUUUGCAGUACUAUAAUUGGGGCAUUUAAAACCAGGGCCGUUUUAAAGGGGGUUGGAGUGGGUGACAGCACCGCCAAUGCUGCAUCUGCUGCCAUAACAUGGAUUUUAAAAGAUGGAAUUGGAAUGUUUGGCAGGAUAUUAUUUACUUGGUGGAAAGGAAGUGGUCUUGAUUGUGAUUGUAAAAAAUGGCGCUUCUUUGCAGACAUCCUAAACGAUUUGGCAAUGUUUGUUGAACUCUGCCUACCAUUUUACACAUCUGUGUCAAUGCAAGUCUUGUGUAUAACUUCUACUAUGUAUGCUAUUGUUGGGGUAACUGGAGGAGCCACUAGGGCUUCCAUUACUCAUCACCAAGCGAUAAAGGACAACAUGGCUGAAAUAUCUGCAAAAGAUGGCAGUCAGGAGACUAUUGUCAAUUUAAUUGGCAGUUUUGGAAGUAUAUUCUUGCUAAAUUAUUUCACUUCAUCAAAGGCAGAAUGGAUUCUUAUUCUAUUAUUGAUGAUACUCCAUUUGUACACUAAUUUUUUGGCAGUAAAAUCACUGGUUUUUAAGACUUUUAACAAGGAAAGACUUGCUUUGGUUUUAAAAGCUUAUUUUACUAUUGGAACAGUCAUGAAUCCUUUCAAAAUAAAUGUCAAAGAGUCUGCCUUAGUUGGAUGUGGUUUUAAAGUAAAAAGAAUGUGUGGAUUUGAUAUAGUACUGGGCGAUUCCUUAAAAAAUGCCCUAACUAUAUACAGUGCGACGGAUCUAAAACAGCUCCAAACAGUUUAUGGAGACAAAAAGUAUUUUCUGUUUGUUAAUGGGAAGAAAAGGAGGAUUUAUGUAUGUUUGGAAAAAGGCGAAACUACUGAAGAUGUAAUUGCGGCUUAUUUUCAUGCUGUUUGUCUGGGACUGGCCACUAGUAUUUAUAAUAACAUUCCAUUGGAAAUCUAUUCCAAAAGACAACUUCACCAUCCUACCCCAAUCACGAGGCUUUAUACUUACAUGAAAUCCUUUGAAAAAUUCAACAAUUUUAAGAAUAUUACUCCAAAUCUUCUCAUAGAUUUUAAUGAGUUUGUUAGACAGGAACAUUCCAUGUUCUUUACAGCUCUAAGGAUUAACGGGUGGAGAUUAGAUUCACACUGUCUUCAAACAAGUGAGUACAGGAUAGACUGGAAACAUGAAUCGACAAGUAAAAAGGCCCUGUAACAUUUUGGUUUUAUUUUUCAUAUGCAGUUUUGUAUAAAUUAAACAGGUUUUAUUACAA